CCGACAUCGCCGACCACGACGACCACGACAAUGCAGGCGGCGCUGGGCUUCGCUCGUCGGUGUACACAACGCCCGGCCUUGCAACUGGGGGGUCGGAGAUUCUACCAGGCCCCGAGCAAGCAGCCCCCCCUUCCGGAGGGCGCCCUCAUCGCCCGUACCCAGUCGACGCCGCACGCCGUUCGCGAGCGUCGCGAGAAGAAGUCCGGCGAGCUCAUCCCCAUUGGCGCGACCGACGCCACGGAGACCGGCCUCUCACCCUCAGAGUAUGCGCGGUACCUUCGCCUACGCCAUACUGGCCGCAUCCCGCGCGGCUUGACGCCCGAACGCUGGCUUGCAGAUGUUAACCGCCGUCGGUCACGCAUUCGUGGUUUCGAACACCUCAAACGCGGCGACGUGUCCCACCUCGUCCCCGUCGGUGUACCCGUCUACCUCCCCAAUAUCACCUUCACCUUCGUCCCCAACCACACCCCGCCCGGCCAGCCGUACAACCCGUACGAAGCGACCUUCUACGUUGCCCCCAGUCUCACGAAGACGGACAUCCGCUCGUACCUCCAGGCCCUCUAUGGCGUGCGUACCACAUACAUCCGUACCGACAACUACAUCGCGCCCCUCGUCCGCGACAUGGAGAACCCCAUGACCUUCGUGCGCAAGUACGGCGCGUACAAGCGCGCGGUCGUCGGUCUCGUCGACCCCUUCUACUGGCCGAACCGCCUGGAGGACAUGCCGGAGGAGAAGCGGAAGAAGCGCGAGGAGGAGCUUGAGCAGUCGUACGGCAUCCAGAGCGCGAAGGACUACCGCACGUAUAGCCGGCUCAGGAUGAUCAAGAAGCACCCGAUCAAGUUCACGCCUGGCAUGUGGUCGCGUCGCUCCAUCCUUCGCAACGUCAUGGAGCGCAAGGAGCGCAGGAUGGGCCUGGUCCUCAAGCAGACGGAGACCUGGAGCGAGAUGCGCGAGCGCGGCGAGCAUAUCACACUCGGCGGUGCAUCCAAACCCGCGUCGGAGAAGGCAGUGGAGGCACCCCAGUAAAGUAUAUUGCCAUAUCGUCGCACAUAAUCAUAGACCACUGCUCUGUCUUCGCACUGGCAUCCAAACCCGUCUGAGCACCUAAGCACCUUCCUAUUGCUUCGAACAGGGCGAACAUUCCAGGGGCAUAUCAGUGACAUCUAACCAGUCUGCACACUUUCUUCGGAGGAUAGCAGACCAUAUCGCUCAGAACGCUUGAGCCCUCAGCGCGACUACUGGGACGAGGAUGCUUCCUAUUCUCUUCGACUACGCGCUAGUGUACGAAGCGACUCACGCACGAUUCCCGAGCGACAUAUGUGACGAUGCCUCUCCUUCCAGUCUGCCCUUUGACACCGUAUCGUGGCGAAGGUGCGAAGGGCAGUCAGCGCCUUGUUCAUUUGAGGAUCCGUCAGCGAGAUUAAUCGAUGAUCUCCAGGCCAUCGCUUGAGCGGUCCAUUUUCGAAGUCUGCGAAUGGAA